AUGACAGAGAACUCUCCAAUUGGAACUACAGUGUUAAAGCUUAAUGCUACAGAUCUUGAUGAGGGGCCAAAUUCUGAGCUCGUGUACUCCUUCACGCUUUAUACGUCAGAAAAAACGCAGGAUGUAUUUGCGAUUAACCCCAACACGGGUGAGAUAACAGUGAAGGGGACCAUCGACUUUGAAGAUAUGAAAUUUUAUGAAAUGCACAUUGAGGCAAGGGACAAAGGCACCUACCCCCUCUUGGGCCAGUGUAAAGUGGUCUUACACGUCAUGGACAUGAAUGACAAUUAUCCAGAAAUCACCCUCCAGUCUGUUAAAAACACAGUAAACGAGGACGUGCCGGUUGGCACUGUCAUUGCUCUUGUGGCCAUCAGUGACAGGGACACAGGUGAUAAUGGGAAAGUUAAUUUAUUCAUCCAUGACUCAAUCCCUUUUGUUUUGAACAAGUCAUCAGAUAGACCGAUGCAUUACAAACUAAUCGUGUCCAAACCUUUGGAUCGUGAAUCAGUGCCUGAUUAUGACAUCACACUGAUUGCGAGAGAUUCAGGAAAACCACCAUUAUCGGACAAUGAAACCAUUACUCUGCAUCUUCUGGAUGUGAAUGAUAAUGCUCCACACUUCCCUCAGUCUUUUUAUACGAUUCGCGUGAUGGAGAAUAACGCGCCAGGCGCCUUACUGAGUUCUCUCAGUGCAUUUGACCCUGACCUCCAUGAGAACCAGUACCUGGUUUACUUUAUUGUAGAGAAGGAGAUAGCCAACACCUCCAUGUCAAUGUUGUUCUCCAUCAACCCUGAAAACGGUAACCUUUAUGCACUCAAGACUUUUGACUACGAAAUGGAGAAGGACUUUCUUUUCCGCAUUGAGGCCAGAGACUCUGGUUCUCCUCCACUCAGUAGCAUCGUGAGCGUCCACAUUAUCAUCGUGGAUCAGAAUGACAACGUUCCAGUUAUCGUUUCUCCGUGGCGAGCGCACGGCUCAGUGGUGGAAGAGAAGAUCCCCAGGUCCACUGAUAAAGGCUCUCUGGUGGCCAAGGUUAUAGCGCUGGAUGGAGAUUCUGUGCACAAUUCUCGCAUCAGCUACCAGUUCCUGCAGGUGAGCGAUGCCUCUUUAUUUAGUUUGGACCAGUACAACGGAGAGAUCCGUACCAUGAGAAUGUUUAGUUACAAAGACUGGCAACACCAUAGACUGGUUGUUGUUGCCAAGGAUAACGGGGAGCCUGCUCUUUCAGCUACAGUCACCAUCAAGCUGUCCACGGUGGAAACUGCUUUAAAGGCCUCCUCGGACAUGACCGAGAUGCCUCUGGAAUAUGAUAUCUUCUCAGACCUCAAUUUCUAUUUGGUCAUCGGUCUGGGCUCGGUGUCCUUCCUGCUACUUAUCACUAUUUUGGUAACCAUUGUUCUCAAGUGUCAGAAGGUUAAGCCUAGCAAAACAGCUCCACCCUGCAGGAACAGUGUAAUCAGUGAAAGGAACUCGACCAUUGCAGAUUCAACUCUGGUUUCCAACGAUGCCUACUGGUACAGUCUGUUUCUAGCGGAAACCAGGAAAGGAAAGCUGGUGGUCAGACAGCCCGUGCCAAAGGGCUCCAGAUACAUCGUGUCCAGUAUCCCCAGGAGCACAGGAGUGUCGGAGACAACGUGUUGUGCGUCGGCAAUAUUGGACUUCUACGAGACAAUGAGGCCAAACAAAAGGUACGUGCACCUCAUUGUGUUGCUGCACACGGUUUACGUUUUGGCUUCUGUGACUCAUUAUUCCAUCCCUGAAGAGCUCAAAGAAGGAUCCGUUGUUGCCAACCUCGCAAAUGAUCUCAGUUUGGACGUUACAAGUCUGAUUAGAAGGAAGAUGCGUGUCGACAUCAUUGCUAACAAAAAAUAUCUGGAUGUUAACAAAGAGACUGGAGAACUGUACAUUGUGGAGAAGAUUGACAGGGAGCAUAUUUGCACCACAAAAUCGACAUCAUCAUGUUAUCUCAAACUGGAGGUGACGUUGGAAAACCCACUGCGUAUUUUUAACAUAGAGUUAGAAAUACUAGACAUGAAUGACAACGCCCCGCAGUUCAGACGAGAUGCCAUUCACUUGGAUAUAUCUGAGUCAACACCAAAAGGAGAGCGAUUCUCUCUCAGUAAUGCAGUUGAUCCAGAUGUAGGGGGUAAUUCAGUCAAAACUUAUCAUUUGAGUGAAAGUGAGCAUUUUAAUAUUGAGGUUCAGACUGGCAGAGAUGGGUCUAAAUUUGCAGAUUUGAUAUUAAGGAAGACAUUAGACAGAGAGCAGCAGGCAAUGCACAAUUUAUUUCUAACAGCAGUAGAUGGCGGUACACCUCCACGCUCUGGCACUGUUAGUAUUAUCGUGCAUGUCUUAGACAACAAUGAUAACGCCCCUUUGUUUGAUAACUCUAUUUACAGUAUUAAAAUGAUGGAGAAUUCCCCCAUUGGAAGCCUUGUUAUUGAUUUAAAUGCUACAGACUUGGAUGAGGGCUCCAAUUCUGAUUUAACAUAUUCAUACAGCUUAUAUACACCAGAGAAAACACACGAAACUUUUCAUUUGAAUCCUUCGACUGGUGAGAUUACUGUUAAGGGCAUGUUGAAUUAUGAGGAUUUUCAAAUUUAUGAUAUGGAAGUAAUAGCAGCAGACAAAGGAGUCAAUAGCUUAUCAGGCCAAUGUACAAUCAAAAUUCAAAUUGAGGACAUGAAUGACAAUCAUCCAGAAAUAUCUAUUAAAUCUUUUCAAACUCCAGUCAGUGAGAAAAUUGACGUCAACACAGUCAUUGCAGUGGUCAGUGUGAGUGAUAAGGAUUCGGGCGAUAAUGGAGUGGUAGAUCUUCACAUUCCCCGCAACAUGCCUUUCAAACUGAGGGAGUCUUCUGAUAACUAUUAUAAAUUAGUAGUUUCAGAGCCAUUGGACCGUGAGAGGGUUCCAGAAUAUGACAUCACAUUCACUGUGAUGGACAGAGGCUCCCCUCCGUUAAGUGACAAUGAAACAAUGACCUUACAUCUGUUGGACGUGAAUGACAAUGUUCCACACUUCCCUCAGUCCUUUUAUACCAUACGUGUGAUGGAGAAUAAUGCUCCAGGCGCAUUGCUCACUUCCCUCACUGCGUUUGACCCAGAUCUCCAUGAGAACCAGUACCUAGUUUACUUUAUUGUGGAGAAGGAGAUAGCCAACACCUCCAUGUCGAUGCUGUUCUCCAUCAACCCUGAGAAUGGGAACCUUUAUGCACUAAAGACUUUUGACUAUGAAAUGGAAAAGGACUUUCUUUUCCACAUUGAGGCCAGAGACUCAGGUUCUCCUCCACUCAGCAGCAAUGUGAGUGUCCACAUCAUUGUUGUGGACCAGAAUGACAACGCUCCUGUUAUCGUCUCUCCGUGGCGAGCGCACGGCUCAGUGGUUGAGGAAAAGAUCCCCAGGUCCACAGAUAAAGGCUCUCUGGUGGCCAAGGUGAUCGCCUUGGAUUUAGAUUCCGUGCACAACUCUCGCAUCAGCUAUCAGUUCCUGCAAGUGAGUGACGCCUCCUUGUUCAGUCUGGACCAGUACAAUGGUGAGAUCCGCACCAUGAGAAUGUUCAGUUACAAAGAUUGGCGGCACCACAGACUGGUGGUUGUUGCCAAAGACAACGGAGAGCCAGCCCUCUCUGCUACAGUCACCAUUAAGCUGUCAACGGUGGAAACUGCUGUGAAGGCCUACUCAGACAUGACCGAAGUUCCCCUGGAAUAUGACAUCUUCUCGGACCUCAACCUAUAUUUGGUCAUCGGUCUGGGUUCUGUGUCUUUCCUGCUGCUCAUCACCAUUUUGGUCACCAUCGUGCUCAAGUGUCAGAAGGUCAAGCCCAGCAAAGCGGCUCCUCCUAGCAGGAACAGUGUAAUCAGUGAAAGGAACUCCACCAUUGCAGAUUCCACUCUGGUGUCCAACGACGCCUACUGGUACAGUCUGUUUCUAGCCGAGACCAGGAAAGGAAAGCUGGUGGUCAGACAGCCUGUGCCAAAGGGCUCCAGAUAUAUCGUGUCCAGCAUUUCCAGGAGCACAGGCGUGUCUGAGACUAGUGAUUCUGCUCCCUCCACGUUGCAGGUAUGA